GCCGGAAGAGAAGCGCGUCUCCUCAGGGCCCGCCAUCUUGUGCGGCAGCGAGCAGGGCGCGGGGGGCCCGGUAGCAUCCGCGCAGGAUCCCGCCGACGGGGGCCCAUCAUGCCCGGACACCUGCAGGAGGGCUUCGGGUGCGUCGUCACCAACCGCUUCGAUCAGCUCUUCGAUGACGAGUCCGACCCCUUCGAGGUGCUGCGCGCGGCGGAGAGCCGGAGGAAGGAGAGCGGCGGCGGCGGCGGCGGGAGCCAAGCGGGCGGCGGGGCCCGCGGUCCGGCGGGCGCCCAGAGCGGCUCCUCGGGCGGGGCCGGCGGAGCGGGCCAGGCCGGCGGCGGCGCGGGCAGCGCGGCCAAGCAGCUGCGCAGAGAGUCGCAGAAGGAGCGCAAGAACCCGCUGCCGCCCUUCGCCGGCGGGGACCGCCGGGAGGAUGGCGGGGGCCAGCCCGGAGCGCCGCUGCGGAAGGAGGGGAUAAGGAGGAUUGGCAGGAGGCCUGAUCAGCAGCAGCAGCAGCAGCAGCAGGGCGAAGGCAAACCCAUCGACAGGAGACCCGAGCGACGACCUCCCCGCGAGCGCCGCUUCGAGAAACCCGCCGAGGAGAAGGGCGAGGGAGGAGAGUUCUCUGUGGAUAAACCCAUCCUGGACCGACCCAUGCGUGGACGCGGAGGCCUGGGCCGGGGCCGCGGGCGCGGGCGCGGGAUGGGCCGAGGAGAUGGCUUUGACUCUCGCGGCAAACGGGAAUUCGACAGACACAGCGGCAGCGAUAGAUCUUCUGUUUCACAUUCACAUUUCAGCGGCCUAAAGCACGAGGACAAGCGCGGUGGCAGCGGCUCGCACAACUGGGGAACUGUCAAAGACGAGCUAACUGAAUUGGAUCAGUCAGCUGUAACUGAGGAAACGCCAGAGGGAGAGGAGCACCCGCCUGCUGAUUCUGAAAAUAAGGAGAACGAGGUCGAAGAAGUUAAGGAAGAAGGCCCCAAGGAAAUGACCCUGGAUGAGUGGAAAGCCAUCCAAAGCAAGGAUCGUGCAAAAGUCGAGUUCAACAUCCGCAAACCAAACGAGGGAGCUGAUGGGCAAUGGAAAAAAGGAUUUGUGCUGCACAAGUCGAAGAGUGAGGAGGCUCACGCUGAGGACUCGGUAAUGGAUCACCACUUCCGCAAGCCCGCCAACGACAUCACAUCCCAGCUGGAGAUCAACUUUGGAGACCUGGGCCGCCCCGGCCGCGGCGGCAGAGGGGGCCGGGGGGGCCGGGGCCGCGGCGGCAGGGCCAGCCGCGGAGGCAGGACUGACAAGUUGGUCAAGGAGUUUGAUGUGAUCCACACGCCCAACCAGUCGAGUGCUUCUGCUCCUGACGUAGAUGACCCAGAGGCUUUCCCAGCUCUGUCCUAAACUGGAUGUCAUAAAAGCCAACCCCGCCCUGGUCGGGCCUUCCUCUCCGAGGCUUGCAUGCUUAAGGAUCCUAAAACAACUAAGAAAUUGAAAAAGAAAAAAAAAACAAAACACACAAAACAAAACAAACAAACAAAAAAAAAGAGACUGUCAUUCAUACCAUUCACACCUAAAGACUGAAUUUUAUCUGUUUUGAAAAGGAACUUCUCUCGCUACACAGAAGCAAACAAUAUGGUAGUCAAGUUUUGUAUUUAGAAAUGUAAUGGUAGCAGGGAUGUUUUCAUAAUUUUUUCAGAGAUUAUGCAUUCUUCAUGGAUACUUUUUUGUAUUGCUGCUUGAAAAUAUGCGUUUCCAAACUUGAAAUAUAGGUGUGAACAGUGUGUACCAGUUAAAA